UGAAUCAGAUUAAAUCGUUGAGCAAGGUUAGACGACUGUUGGACCUCCAUUGAUAGAGUCAUGUGGUAGUUUGUAUAUGGAUGAUUACUUAACAAUAAGCUGGUUUCACAUCCACACAAGCCAGGCCAGAGUAGGGGGAGGAAGGUGCUGGCUGAGGAAGGCGAGGAAGAGAACACUUGGACUGGUGACACCGAGGUCGCUCAAGAUGGCGCACUGGACAUGGAUCUGGCUGCUUACAGCUGUAUUCCUACCAGGUAAUAUUGAUGCCGCCACAUUAAGCAUCAGUGGAUCCACGCCCACGGCAGUAGCGUCAACGAGGGAAAUAAGAUUAACAUGCAGUUAUACACUCUCGACCAAUGAAACCGCCACCACAUUGACCUGGGAGGCCCCAGGUGGGGAAUCUGUUUUGACAUGGAACCUCUCAUCUACGCAUGCAACAACAAAAUCUCAUUGGACCUCCAGCACCUUCGGCACAAACGCAUCGGCAGUACUGCCCCCGAAUUACGUUACCACGACUUCGGGGGGCGUUUACAAAUGUCGGUUAAUUUCCACAUUGGGAACCGAGACUGAAACUCAAACGGUUACCAUUCAGUAUAAACCAACCGUGACACUGAACUUUGCUGGGAGCCACGACGUCAACGAAGGCAAACCCCUAUUUUUGACGUGCUCGGCAUUGGCUGUACCGACGGCAUCAAUAAAGUGGAAGAAAGGGUCAACAAAUCUGAGCGGAACCUCAGUGAAUAAGCCCAGUGCUGUACGAAGCGACGUGGGGACAUACACCUGCACGGCUACUAACAAUAUGAUCAGUGGAACAGGAACGGCGACGGCGACAGUAGCCGUCACCAUAAACUACCUAGACACCCCAAGUAUGUCUAUGACCGACACUACCGUGAAGGAGAACCAAACUAUCACCAUAUCAUGCAACGUUAGCAGCGUUCCAACUCCUACGCUAACUAUCAGGGGACCAGUCUCAAGUCAUAGAACACAAAACAGCAGAUCAGCCUACAGAACCUUCAGGGCCGGGUGUUCAGAUAAAGGAGCUCACCAGUGUCUUGCUACUAAUGCAAACUUUUCGUCACCAAAGACGACCGAGAAAACACUGCGUGUAUUGUGUAAGCCACGUCAGCAGUCUAGCAGUCUGAAGAAUGUGACAAAGAAGGUGAACGAGUCUGCAUUAUUCAGUGCCAACAUAAUAGCCGACCCUCUCCCUCAGUUCACGUGGAGCCACAAAGAUCUGGAUACUGGUCUCGUUACUAAAAUACAGAACAGCUCUGGUCAUUUUGAAAUAAUAAACAAUGAUUUGACGUCAUCCUUGAACGUCACAGUUCUAAACGCUGACGAUUACGCCGAGUAUAUUCUGGAGGUCAAGAAUGGAGAAGGGGAGACUACUCUGAAUUAUCGGCUUAGAUCUGAAACUGCACCAUUCCGAGUGAGCACCUUGAAAAAGGCUAACGCGACAACCGACUCCAUCACCGUGCUCUGGGCGUCGGCCUUCAAUGGAGGAGCAACACAACAGUAUUUCCUAGAGUACCAGACCACGGCGGACAGAGACAGUAGGGAGUGGACGCAGAAAACAUCUGAAAUUGAAGACCCUGGUCGGAAGAAAUUUGUGUAUGCCACCGUAUCAGACAUUCAUCCUGCUAGAACCUACACCUUUAGAAUAUUCUCAAAAAACGUUUUUGGGAAUAGUACACAUUCCAAUUAUAUCAACGUCACAACAUCAGAAGUACCACAGCAGUUAACGGUCGGGGCUGGAAUUGGAAUAGGCUUGGUAAUAAGCCUCCUUUUGGUAGCAAUAAUCGCUGGCUGCUUUGUGCUGUAUGUUAAAAAGAUUCGACCAAUGAGACGGAGGGCAACGGACAAAACUGACCUAAAGAUUAACAACCCAGAAUACGAUCCUCAAUCAGUGGACAAUCCAGACACGUCCAAUUAUUCUCACCUGGAGGUAAACACCCGUGUCAGGGAUUCGCCGGAGACAUAUGAUGACUUAAAUGGGGCUCCCGUAUACCAGAACUUCAACCGCGCACAAAAUAAUCCAGCAGAUGCCGUCUCGCCUGAUGUUUAUGAGAACGUCUCUCAUUUUAAAGAAGCUGAACAAGAGCCAAACAAAAAACACCCGAAAAAGAAAAAUAAGAAAGAGAAAAAAGGAAAAUCAAAAGACCGACGCGAGGCUUAUGAGAAUACCGCUGCACAUGGGUAUGCUUCUGUGCACGUCAAACAUAAGCAUCGGCGACGCCAAAACUCGAGGCCGAGCGCAUACCAAAAUACUGAAAUAAGAGGCUAUACAGAGGACCUCUACGCUAACUCAUGAUCAUCACUGGGUGAGAGGAAGAUGCCAAUUUCUUUCAAGUCAGAUGCCGAUAUUUUUGGUAACUUUGCAAUUACGGAUGUACUGUCAGUAUGCGAUAUUUGGUGUACUGUCAGUAAUAGUGGAUGUACUGUCAGUAUGUAAUUACGGAUGUGCUCUCAGUAUGAAAUAGUGGAUUGGAUGUGCUGUCAUCAGAUGCGAUAUAAUUGUUUUUAAGCUCCAAAAUCCGUUUGUCAGUCUAUGCAUACAAAGUAUGUACGCAUACUAAAUUAGAGUUGGUUUGUUGAUUUGUUGUUUAACGCCGCACUCAGCAAUAUUCCAGCUAUAUGACAGCGGUCUGUAAUUAAUCGAGUCUGGACCAGACAAUCCAGUGAUUAAUAUCAUGAGCAUCGAUCCAAGCAAUUGGGAUCGAUGACAUGCAUAAACCAAGUCAGCGGGCCUGACCACCCGAUCCCGUUAGUCGCCUUUUACGACAAGCAUAGUCACCUUUUACGGCAAGCAUAGUCACCUUUUACGACAAGCAUAGUCACCUUUACGGCAAGCAUAGUCACCUUUUACGACAAGCAUAGUCACCUUUACGGCAAGCAUGGGUUGCUGAAGACCAAUUCUACCCCGGAUCUUCACGGGUGACUAACCUAGAGGGCGGAGAGUAAUGCAUACACAUAUAAUGCAUGUCUAUUCACUGUAUCGAACGUGACAGGAUGGGUAGAAUGCAUGCUUCUGCUGCAGUGCAAACUUAUAACGUUAUAGUACAACAAUAAAAGAAACAAUGUUCAUUAUUUAUCACCAGGCGGAACAGCAAGGGGACGUGACAGCAGUUGUGACAUUCACGGUUACCUCCCCUGUUUACAUACACUCGAUGAAUAUUAUAUGUUCCAUAUUUCUUCUUGAGUGCUUUUCUAUUUACGUGAUACUCAUCUAGUCCUUUUACGUUUUUGUUUGUUUGCUUGAUUGUUUGUUGUUUAACGCCGCAGUUAGCAAUAUUCCAGCUAUAUGACGGCGGUCUGUAAAUAAUCGAGUCUGGACCAGACAAUCCAGAGAUUGACAUCAUGAGCAUCGAUCUACGCAAUUGGGAUACGAUGACAGAUAGCCUGACCACCCGAUCCUGUUAGUCGCCUCUUACGACAAGCAUGGUCGCCUGUUACGGCAAGUAUGGGUUGCAAAAAAGGCAAAAUCUCGGUGAAAAAGUCUAAAACCACAGUGGAUAUAUAUAUAUAUAUAUAUAUAUAUAUAUAUAUAUAUAUCAGAUCCCCUGCAACUGUGGCCACCAAUACAUUUAAGAAACCCUGAGACCCCCCAAUACCUGAUUCAAAGAACAUCAGACCUCUGUUUGCAAACUAAACCUGAAAACCGCUAAUACACUGUGGGGCACUGCUAAGUAAAAUCAAAUCUUUUACUCCGAUACGAUCCCCAUGUGCGUGACGUUCACAGGAAUACCUUCAUGGGACCUGAUGUUAAUGAGAUUGGAUAUAGUUCACAGCAACCACUGGAUUGUUUACGGGCCGCCGUCAAAUAGUUACAAUAUGAUAUAAACAUAUUUAUUUCCAUAAAGUGGAGGGAUUGGCAAACAAGCAAAUGAUGCUUAUCUGAAUGCCUCUCCCAAACAUGAUACACACACACACAAUACAAUGUAUUCACAGUGACAUGAGAAAUAGCAUACAUUAUAUAUAUAUGACAUUAAAGAUAAGUAUUGUUCUGUAAGUGUUUAAUUACUGGAUUAUUUUUCAUAACUACAGUUACGUUAUUAUUUACAUCCAGCACAACAACAUCACAGUAUUAUAUAGCAAAGCCAACAUCUCAGACAAAAUCUCUAAAUCGGCAAGAAGAUAGAAUAAAAGUGUGCACUGAUUUCAAAAUUUCAAGAUUUGUUACUGUCGUUAAAUGUGAAUUACCAUUUAGAAUUUAACUUAACGAAUUUUUACGAAAAAAUACAUAUUUUGCCUUACUGUACCGUUUAAGUACACUAGUACAAUAGUUACAGUAUUGCUGACUGGCGCGAAAAUCCACAAACAAACAAAAACAUUUUUAUUUCUUUUAUCGCCGACUUCACGAAAUAAAUUACUAUGUUGUGGCUUAAACGCUUCAAACGAUUCAUGUAUUUGAGCACAACAGGACAGGUGAAUGCGUAAUUAAAUGCAACCACGACACAUUCCAUGUAAACACGUUUACUGAUAAAGAAUGACAUGACAGCCUUGUAAAUAUAUGCAGAAUUAUGUAAAAAUCUGAAUAUUUUUGCUUGUUAAUUUGUUGUUGCAAUAAAAUGUUUUAUCACGUA